GGUGUCGCGGGAGGGACGGAGCGAACCGUAGAGCGUCGUCCUGAGAGGAGUGAAGGCGGCAAAAUGGCGGACCGCUUCUCCCGCUUCAACGAGGACCGAGACUUUCAGGGUAAUCACUUUGAUCAGUAUGAAGAAGGACAUUUGGAAAUUGAACAAGCAUCACUUGACAAGCCUAUAGAAUCGGAUAAUAUUGGACAUCGCUUACUCCAGAAACAUGGGUGGAAGCUGGGCCAGGGAUUGGGAAAAUCUCUUCAGGGGAGAACAGAUCCCAUUCCAAUUGUUGUCAAGUAUGAUGUCAUGGGCAUGGGUCGCAUGGAGAUGGAGCUUGAUUAUGCCGAAGAUGCUACCGAACGGCGCCGUGUCCUAGAAGUGGAAAAAGAAGACACAGAAGAGCUAAGACAGAAGUACAAGGAUUAUGUUGACAAAGAGAAGGCAAUUGCCAAAGCAUUGGAAGACCUCAGAGCCAACUUUUACUGUGAACUCUGUGAUAAGCAAUAUCAGAAACAUCAGGAAUUUGACAACCAUAUCAACUCCUAUGAUCAUGCACACAAGCAGAGAUUGAAAGAUCUCAAGCAAAGAGAGUUCGCUCGAAAUGUCUCUUCAAGAUCUCGCAAGGAUGAGAAGAAACAGGAGAAAGCCUUACGGCGGCUCCAUGAGUUGGCAGAGCAAAGAAAACAAGCUGAAUGUGCACCUGGAAGUGGUCCCAUGUUCAGACCAACCACAGUGGCUGUAGAUGAAGAAGGUGGAGAUGAUGAUAAAGACGAAUCAGCAACAAACAGUGGCACAAGUGCCACUGCCACUUGUGGCCUGGGAUCUGAAUUCUCCACAGAUAGAGGAGGCCCUUUCACUGCAGUACAAAUCACUAAUACUCCUGGACUGUCGCAGGCUCCCGGGUUAGCCUCUCAGGGUGUCAGUUUUGGCAUUAAGAAUAAUCUGGGGACCCCAUUGCAAAAAUUGGGAGUGUCAUUUUCCUUUGCCAAGAAGGCUCCUGUCAAACUUGAAUCAAUAGCAUCGGUUUUCAAGGACCACGCAGAGGAAGGGACCUCGGAAGACGGAACAAAAGCUGAUGAGAAGAGUUCUGACCAAGGACUGCAGAAGGUGGGAGAUUCUGAUGGAAACAGCAAUCUCGAUGGUAAAAAAGAGGAUGAAGACCCUCAGGAUGGAGGGUCCCUUGCCUCAACGUUAUCUAAAUUAAAAAGAAUGAAGCGAGAAGAAGGAGCUGGAGCUACAGAGCCGGAGUAUUACCACUACAUCCCCCCAGCACACUGCAAAGUCAAACCUAAUUUUCCUUUCCUACUCUUCAUGAGAGCCAGUGAACAAAUGGAAGGUGACAGUAGUACACACCCAAAGAAUGCCCUAGAGAGCAAAAAAAGUAGUUCUCCCAAACCUAAAGGCUGUAUCAAGGUGGCAGCAAGCCAAGGAGCAGAAAAGACAGUUAGUGAAGUCUCCGAGCAGCAGAUGGAAACUAGUGUGGCUGAGCCCUCGGAGCCUGGAAGCAAAGCUGAGACAAAGAAGGCUUCAGGAGGGGAUGCAAGUGAGCACAGUCUAGAGAGUCAGAAGGAUGCAGAGAUCCAAAUGUGUGAGUCUAACCCGCCUAAAGAAACCUCUCAGGCCUCUCCAGCACGGAAAGAUAGCCAGGAGGGACCCAAACAUCCUACUGGUCCCUUCUUUCCAGUUUUGAGCAAAGAUGAAAGCACUGCCCUCCAGUGGCCAUCAGAACUAUUAAUUUUCACGAAGGCAGAACCCUCCAUUUCAUACAGUUGUAAUCCUUUGUACUUUGACUUUAAGCUUUCAAGGAACAAAGAUGCCAGAGCUAAAGGGACAGAAAAGCCAAAGGAUAUAGGAGGCUCCUCAAAGGACCAUCUCCAAGGUCUUGAUCUGGGUGAGCCAAAUAAAGGCAAGGAGGAGGGAGAGAAUGUAGACCAUUCUUCAGGAGGCAAAAUGGAUGCCCCUGCUUCAGGGUCUGCUUGUAGCGGCCUGAAUAAGCAGGAGCCUGGGGGUAGCCAUCGGUCAGAGACAGGAGACACAGGGAGAAGCCUUCCUAGCAAGAAAGAACGAUCUGGGAGGUCCCACCGACACAAAAAGAAGAAGAAGCACAAAAAAUCCAGCAAACACAAACGGAAACACAAGACUGACCCAGAAGAGAAAAGCUCUAAGGCAGAGUCUGGGGAGAAGUCUAAGAAGCGCAAGAAACGAAAACGAAAGAAGAAUAAGUCGUCAGCUCCAGCAGAUUCUGAACGGGGCCCCAAACCAGAACCCCCGGGUAGUGGUAGCCCUGCGCCACCAAGACGACGACGGCGAGCUCAAGAUGAUUCCCAGCGGAGAUCCCUCCCUGCUGAAGAAGGGAGCAGUGGCAAGAAGGAUGAAGGCGGAGGCGGUAACAGCUCCCAAGAUCAUGGUGGGAGGAAGCACAAAGGUGAACCUCCAACUUCAUCCUGCCAGCGAAGAGCUAGCACCAAACGGAGCAGCCGAUCCAGCCAUCGAAGUCGACCCAGUAGUGGAGAUGAGGAUAGUGAUGAUGCUUCAUCACGCCGGCUGCACCCGAAGUCUCCAUCGCAGUACAGUGAGGAGGAGGAGGAAGAGGAGGAGGAGGAGGAGGAGUCCGGCAGUGAGCAUUCCCGAAGCCGCUCCCGGUCUGGCCGGCACCAUUCCUCCCGCCGUUCCUCCCGCCGUUCUUACUCGAGUAGCUCAGAUGCUUCUUCAGACCAGAGCUGCUAUAGUAGGCAGCACAGUUACUCUGAUGACAGCUAUAGUGACUAUAGUGACCGGUCACGAAGGCACUCCAAGCGCUCCCACGACUCUGAUGACUCAGACUAUGCCAGUUCCAAGCACCGGUCCAAACGACACAAAUAUUCAUCUUCUGAUGAUGACUACAGCAUCAGCUGCAGCCAGUCCCGAAGCCGGUCUCGGAGUCAUACCAGGGAGCGCUCAAGGUCUAGGGGUCACAGCCGCAGCAGCAGUUGUAGUCGUAGCCGGAGCAAACGGCGAAGCCGCAGCACCACAGCCCACAGCUGGCAGCGGAGCCGGAGCUAUAGCCGGGACCGCAGCCGCAGUACCCGGAGCCCCUCCCAGAGAUCAGGCUCCAGAAAGGGAUCAUGGGGUCAUGAGAGCCCCGAGGAGAGGCGUUCUGGUCGUCGAGACUUCAUUCGCUCUAAAAUCUACCGUUCCCAGUCUCCCCACUAUUUCCGAUCAGGCCGAGGAGAAGGUCCCGGGGAGAAGAAGAAAGAAGAUGGCAGAGGAGAUGAUGGUAAAGGGAUAGGCGCACCCUCACAGAACAGCAGUGUUGGUGUAGGACGAGGCUCAGAAGGUGACUGCAGCCCUGAAGACAAGAACUCUGUCACCGCCAAACUGCUACUGGAGAAGAUCCAGUCCAGGAAAGUGGAGAGGAAACCCAGUGUGAGUGAGGAGGUGCUGGCCACCCCUAAUAAAGCCGGGCUCAAGCUCAAGGACCCCCCCCAAGGUUAUUUUGGGCCCAAGCUUCCCCCUUCUCUUGGCAAUAAGCCUGUCCUUCCACUGAUAGGGAAGCUCCCAGCGACCCGAAAGCCCAACACCAAGAAAUGUGAAGAGUCUGGCUUAGAAAGAGGGGAAGAGCAAGAACAGUCAGAGACAGAAGAAGGGCCUCCAGGGAAUAGUGAUGCCCCAUUUGGACAUCAGUUCCCCUCAGAGGAAACAGCUGGCCCCUUGUCAGACCCACCCCUGGAAGAGCCAAAGUCAGAAGAGGCUACUGCUGAUCACCCUGUGGCUCCUCUAGGCACCCCAGUGCACUCUGACUGCUAUCCUGGGGACCCAACCAUCCCCCAUAACUACCUCCCUGACCCCAGUGACGGGGACACGCUUGAGUCCCUGGAUAGUGGCAGUCAACCAGGCCCUGUGGAAUCGAGCUUGCUGCCUAUAGCGUCAGACCUUGAGCACUUCCCCAGUUAUGCACCUCCCAGUGGGGAGCCUAGUAUUGAGUCAGCCGAUGGGGCUGAGGAUGCUUCCCUAGCCCCCCUGGAAAGCCAGCCCAUCACCUUCACUCCUGAGGAGAUGGAGAAGUAUAGCAAACUCCAGCAGGCUGCACAGCAACACAUCCAGCAGCAGCUUCUGGCCAAGCAAGUAAAGGCCUUUCCAGCCUCGGCUGCCCUGGCCCCAGCCACUCCAGCCCUGCAACCCAUCCAUAUUCAGCAGCCAGCCACAGCCUCUGCCACCUCCAUCACAACUGUUCAGCAUGCCAUCCUACAGCAUCAUGCUGCAGCAGCUGCUGCUGCCAUUGGCAUUCACCCCCACCCUCAUCCCCAGCCACUUGCCCAAGUGCAUCAUAUUCCCCAGCCCCACCUGACCCCCAUUUCCUUGUCCCACCUUACUCAUUCAAUCAUCCCUGGCCACCCUGCCACCUUUCUCGCUAGCCAUCCCAUCCACAUCAUCCCCGCCUCAGCAAUCCAUCCCGGGCCCUUCACCUUCCACCCUGUUCCACAUGCUGCCCUCUACCCUACCCUGCUUGCCCCGCGGCCUGCUGCAGCAGCCGCCACUGCCCUCCACCUCCACCCGCUGCUUCACCCCAUCUUCUCAGGUCAGGACCUGCAGCACCCCCCCAGCCAUGGCACAUGAGUUGGGGCACAGGAGCUCAGGCGGGGCCAAGGAAGGUGACCCAUAAAUCUUCCCUUGGGGUGUUGAGCCAUUAAUACCAGCAAGUAGAAGCUGGGCUGGGCAGUGUCUGACAGCCAAAGAAUUGGAUUUUGGCUAACAGGGGUGGUUUUAGGUUUGAGGUUUGCUUUGGGCUUACUAUCAGGGAUUCUUUUCCCCUGUUCCCCCUUUCCCUUUUCGGUUUGUCCCUCUCCCUCUCUCGUGUUUCUAAGCUAGGAAACACCAGUAAGUGCUACUACCCACCCCUCUGCAACAUCUCCAGACUGUCGAGUUUAGAUACUCCCUUCCUCCCUCUACUUUUUAAUCCUCUGCACUUCCGUCUAUAAAUUUUAAAGCAUUUUCCUCCUCUCUGGCUGGCGGGUUGUCCAUCUGGUCCUGCCUCUCUCAGUGUCUUUGACCUUGGUGACCUUAUUUAUCCCGGGUAAGGUGGAAAGGGAGUCUGACCUGGAAGCGAUGCCACUCAGGCUGUCAUUCGAUCCACUUCCCACACAAACAGAGAGCCACGCACGUGGCACUGUUGUCCUAGCGUCCCUCAUCCCAGAAGAGACAUCUGCAUAUCUCAGAAAAGAAGAUCCUAUCAUGGAUAGAAGCUGUGUGGAACAUAGAGUCACCCAUGUGCGUCCCCAAAGAGGAGCUCAUGUGUCUGAAGGGUGUAUUUUCUUCUGUCAUGUUGAUGUUUCCUUCUUAAUUUAUAGGAUUUUUUAAUGUAAAAAAAUUGCACUGAACUCUAUAAACGUAAAUGCUGCUUUUUGUAGCUCAUAUAAAAAAGGUUCCAUAUUUGUAGUAUACUGCAAUAAUAUUUUUUACAUCCAGCUCUUUAAGUGAUCUUUGUUCUGGUGGCUUUGUGUAAAUAUGUUUGCCCUAGUUGAAUUAAGAAACUUUAAAGGUUAUAAAAUGAAAACAAAAAAUAAAUAAAGUAUUUGUUUUCUGCUAGAUGCAAAAAA